AUGGCUGCCAGGAGUGGCGUACCCGGACCUGCCAUCAAGGCGAAAUGCGAGCUGGCAGUCUUCCGUGCGUCAGUUAGCAGACUCAAGCCAUGCUUUACUUACCGCCCUUGCCAUCUCAUGCGCAGAAAGACCUCGCCGGCUGUGCUGCACAAGCGCCUUGGCGGCUUUAGGAUGAAUCUGUCUCAACCUGAGGUCUGCCGAGGUUGGUUUGACCUCUGGCCUGCCGUUCGAGGUCAAGCAUGCGAGCAAGUCUGCGACGGUGUUUGCCACUACGGCCGAGAAAUAGUUGAGGCGUUUGUGCCAAGUCUCGUCGUUCUGGUCAUGUCUCAUCGCUGUGGUCUCGGCUAUGCCGGACUGCCAAAGACAAUCGCAAGGCACGAUCCAGCACCAGUCCUACAGGAUCAGCGAGCAACCAGCGAUAAUGAAUUCACAGUCAUUGUCCGACUUUGA